CGCGCGGAACUAGGGCUUCUGCCCUCCCCCUCCUCCUCUCUCCUCAUCAUUCGACGUAGGUUCGGCGGAGGCGGCGGAAGGAGAGGGAGAGAGAGAUGAAGACGAUACUGUCGACGGACACGAUGGAGAUCCCGGAGGGGGUGACGGUCCGGGUGAAGGCGAAAAUGAUCGAGGUGGAGGGCCCCCGGGGGAAGCUGGCCCGCAACUUCAAGCACCUCAACCUCGACUUCCAGCUCAUCGAGGGGGGCCGCAAGCUCAAGGUCGACGCCUGGUUCGGCUCCCGCAAGACCACCGCCGCCAUCCGCACCGCCAUCAGCCACGUCCAGAACCUCAUCACCGGGGUCACCAAGGGCUACCGCUACAAGAUGCGCUUCGUCUACGCCCAUUUCCCCAUCAACGCCUCCAUCACCAACAACAACGCCUCCAUCGAGAUCCGCAACUUCCUCGGCGAGAAGAAGGU